GCCACUAAUGGCGCAGGUCCAGCUGUCAGAUCUUCGAAGAGCGAAGAUCCAGUUUCUCAGGAUUAAGAACGGCACAGAUCCAGUUCUCGGGACCACGAACCUCUGAGCUUCAGGUCACAGAAAUAAGGAUGCCUCGGGUUAAGCCGUCUGGAACAUUGGCCAAGGAGGAAGGGCCUAGCUUGUCAGAAAAUGAAAGUAAAGAAAAGAGAAUACACGUUUAUGAUCGGCUUUCACAGCUUAGCAUUUCGAAUCUACUGACAUUUAGGUUUGAAAAGAAACCAGAUGGCCCGACUACCACAGUAGAAGCAGUAGAUUAUAAACAAUACCACAAAUCAAACGAAGCUAAGAAAAAACAAGAAUUAUUACGUAAGGUAACUAGUAAGAUCCUACCUGUGAUACACAUACAGGAAGGAAACUCACAGGAAGAUCACGAAUCGGGUUACUCAAGUCUCCAUAACGUGACUAUCCGAAAGCCUUUGAGGGAAUUUAGCGAUGAAAGGGAGAAUCAAUUAGGGUUGAUUGACCCAGAAGAGGUUCCAUUUUAUCCAAUAGUGACUUCAAAAAAUGUGAAGCAGACCUAUCGUGAUCUGCAGAGGAGUGCUGAUAGUGGUAGCAAUUCAACCCACACAAUACUCAGAGGAAGAGAGAGAAACAGACAUUCACAUGACAUCAGGUUCAAAACUAUGCGAAAUAAACGGAAAGCGAGAGCUCGACGCAGCAUCGGAAAGACGACCAGAGAGCGAAAUAAAAUUAAAAAUAACACUGGAAUCACAUUGGGUAUUGAAAGCAACACAAGAAAAGAAAAAAAGGUCGAGAGUGAAAGAGGAAUCAGACGGAGAGUUGAGUCAAAUAUGAGAAAGGAAAAACCAAAGUUGAAACGUAUGAAUCGUGGCCACCGUCGAAGGCGUAGGAGAGGCGUUAAACAUUCCUUAUCUGACUCAUCAGAACGCGUCGAGUUUGUGCAAACUCCAGCGCCAAACCUUAGCGCAAGCACAUUUACAACCCUACUACGACAUUCUCAUAAAGCGAAAAAUAACGUACUUAGUGAUAGUAAAAGAACACUGCCAAGAAACAUUACCAGUAACUCUAACAUUACCAGUAGUUCGAAUAUUACCAGUAGGUCUAACAUUACAAGUAGGAAAAACAUUACCAGUAACUUUAACUUAAGCUUCUCUAUGUGGCGAGGAUAUAAUUAUAAUGGGCACAAUCUAAAAAAAGGUAAUGCCUCCCAGCAAAGCCAGAGCACCCAUGUUACCCUUACUUCCAAAUCUAAUAUCACCAAGAACCCCGAAUCUCAACUUGAAGGCAACUCUUCAAGGACAAGAUGCUCCUCAUGUUUGAUUGAGCAUUCACCAGGUAUCUCGAGACAAAGAACGAACCUCAUACAUUUCACACGUUACCUAACAGGGAAAAGCACUCCUUCAGCCUCUUUAUACCCACCCGAGAACAUCCCAGAGGACCCUCCUAGUAGGAGAGAAAGUAGUCAAGGUCUCAAGGGCCUACGAGAUCAAGUGUUAAAUCACAGGAAACUUGCAACCUAUUUUUCCACCUCUUCGGAAACGGAAGUUGGACCUAAAAAUGCUGGAAUUACAGACAGAUAUAAUAAUACUGAUGAGAUUUUCGACGGAAUUAGUCCUGGAGCCAUCUCUGUCUUAAAUCAUACAAAUAUCAACAGCAACGGCAGUGAUACUUAUGUUACCAUACCCCUCAACGAUAUUUCACUGGCAUCUGUAAUGCAAAGUAAUACUGUAAAUUCUCGGAAAAGAAACAAAAUUAGUGAUAAUAAGCAGGGUGAAGGGACUAAUAGAAACUUAGCCAUAAACAACAUCGGCCAUGUAUUUACGAUGAGAAAUGAUAACUCAGAAGGCAGCUCCUCGGCGUCCAGUUCUCAAGGAACUGAUUUUGAGAGCCUAAGAACUGAGACACACAUUUUUCCUCCUGUCUUCGAGGAAUACAUCGACGAGACUUCCGAUUCGUCAGUGGUUUUCAAAAAUCCUCUUCUCUCACGGAAGAUGAAGCACAAAAGUCUAGACAAUGAAACCCUCAAUUCCGUAGUGCACAAAAACAAACAAGAAUUCUCAGAAGACGGGGCACUAAAACACUCCUCAGAUCUCACGAAGAACGAGGCGCUGAAACACUCCUCAGAGCUUAUGAAUAAUUGGGCAGUUGAACACUUCACGGCGCCCAACAACGCUUCACAGUUCAUUAGUAAAUCAAUAGAAAUUCAUUCCCUAUCUAAAGAAUUCCAAAGAGAAACGAGUGGUCAGGUCACCAAUAAGGAGUACUUGGAUGUGUUGAAACAUAGAAUCAGCAACGUACUUCUUCACUCCAAAAGUCAGACACCCAAUUUAAAUCCAGGAAGGAAUCGCAUUUGGUUACCCCUUAAUUAUAGAAUGACUCCAGACGGAUCAACAUUUCGACGUAAUUCCUUUGGAAAUUAUGUCAGUCCUGAACAUUACACAGCCAAAACAGCAACAGCAGGUGACUUAAAUUCUGUGACAGGAUAUCGCCCUCAAAAUUCGUCUAUACAACCUGGUUUUGCAAAUAGACAUAAGGGUAGUCUUAGACCUGAAAAUAGCAAUGUUAGCUUUCAGAGCUCUUUUGAGCAACCCCAAAAGUACCUACCUGACUUCGAGCCAGGUCAGUUUACACCUAAAGAACGUUCCCAGAGACAUUACCAGCCUCCAGUUCGCUUCCCUGCUGAUACAGUACCACAAGAUGAUGUAGAAUAUCCACGAGUGUACCAGCAGAUAUCUACACACAAUGACCAGCAGCUACCCCAGUCUACAAAUUCCAGACAGUUAGACUUUCGUCCACAAUAUGCAGGUCACAGUUAUUAUCAUGGUGCAGUAGGUAGCGAGUUUGAAGAAACAAGGCCAAGCCAGAGUCAUACUUCUGGCUACACUACAGAUCAUGAGAGUAAUGCGAUGGAUGAGGCAUCAGCCUACUGGAAUGACACAUCGUCCAACAUUUCACAAGGGGUCUCUUUAAUUUACACUAAACUUUCAGCUACUGCAUAUUACCCUCAGGACCAUUACUUAAAUCAGCUGCAAAAUGAUCCUCCAGAAUACAUAUUAAGUCAGCCUAGAGAUGUGGCAGCCAGGAGAACAUCAAGCUUUACUGCACAUCACCUCAAAAAACACCAGCAACCUCGCCACGUCAAACGCAGCAGGAAUCAUAACAACUGGCCUUUCAGACAAGCUCAACAAUGGAUUAGACACACGAGCAGCUCUGGAGUGGCAACAAGACCGGAGAGAGUGGUGCCUAUCCUGGGUCUGUUUGAUCUGAGUGUGCGGGGUGAGCCAAGACAGGGAGGGAGGGCGGAGCUGGCCGCUGCCCAGCUCGCCCUCACACACAUCAACGAGCAGCACGUCAUUCCUGGCUACAAGCUUGUUAUGUUCCACAACGACACCAAGUGUGACAGUGGUAGUGGAGUGGAUGCCUUCUUCCACGCCAUCUACACAUCUCGGGCCAAAAUGAUGAUUUUGCUGGGAGCUGCGUGUCCUGAAGUCACGGAAUCUCUAGCAUCGGUAGUACACUACUGGAACAUUGUGCAAGUGUCGUUCGGGUCAGUGUCGCCGGCGUUGAGCGACCGCUCGUCGUACCCUCGGUUCAUCAGGACGGUGGCUCCAGAUUCGUCGCACAACGCUGCUAGAUUAGCCUUCCUCACCCACCACUCCUGGAGCACAGUCACCACUAUCUCUGAAAACCACGACAUGUACACCUUGGCGCUGAAUGAGCUGAUGCCAGCCCUGGAGGCUGCAAACAUUUCCCUGCAAGCCACCGUCACUCUCUCUCAAGGGGAUUAUACUGAGCAUCUCCACACUCUUAAGGAGCGUGACUGCAGGAUCUUCAUUGCCAGCUUCUCCGUCGAUUUGGCCAGGAAGGUCUUCUGUCAGGCGUUCCACCUGGGGAUGUAUGGAGAGGACUAUGCCUGGGUGUUGUCAGGGGCGCCACAGGACAGCUGGUGGAGGGUGACGGCUGGCAUCAACUGUUCUGCCUCGCAACUGGUGAAGGCGGUGCAGGGAGUGGUACUGGUCACUGCUCAUGGCUCCAUUAUUGGCACCAACGCUUCAGAGUCUGGCUUGACCAACAGCCAGUUCCUGCAGGAGUUCUCACGGACUGGUCAGCCCCUGACGGAGUACGUGACGCAGACCUACGACGCUGUCUGGGCCAUCGCUCUCUCCCUCAGUCAGAUAAUGGAGAGAGCGGAGAUGAGGUCAGGGUCACACAGACGUCACCUGCAGCACUCAGCCAGCAGGAGGGAGGUCAACGCUGCCUGGGUCACCAAGGUCAAUGCCCCGCCCAGGAAACAACACAAGGACAACCAGAGGUGCAGCACGGGGCUUCACCAGCAGCCUGGUAACUCCACCAAGCCUACUAUGUCCUGGAUCUUGGGUCGGCUGACGAGGCUACAAGAGAGCUCAGAGCAGAGAGAGGUUCAGCCAGCGUCCCCGGAACACCAACUUUACUACCACAGUCCAGCUCGACACAACACAGGUGUCUCGAACUUCCAGCUUGAUGCCUUCGACUACUCUAGGGAGGACAUGGCUGACAAAAUCUUGGAGACGAUGCAAGGUCUUCGAUUCCGUGGCGUGUCUGGACCAAUCUCCUUCGACUGUCCAGACCGUGUAGGGGUCACCGCUUUCUACCAGAUCCAAGAUGGUGACCCAGUAAAGGUGGCACUGUACCACCCGGAGGAGAGGGCACUGGACCUGGGUUGUCCCGGGUGCCGGGUACUGGUGUGGCCCGGUGGACAGGUGCCGGCAUCUCGUGUCUUCAAACUACGGGUAGACACCAUCGCUCCGGCUGCCUUCGUUAUCAUGUCUUCUCUCGCUAGCCUGGGCAUUCUUCUGGCGCUGGCAUUCCUCAUCUUCAACCUCACCUACCGUAGACUCAAAUACAUCAAACUGUCCAGUCCUCGCCUCAACAACACAACAGUGGUUGGGUGUGUGUUGGUGUACACUGCUGUCAUUUUACUGGGACUGGACCACGCUACCCUCCCAGCACCACACUGUUUCCCUGUCGUCUGUACCGCGCGAGCGUACCUGCUCUCAGCUGGGUUCUCCUUGGCCUUUGGUUCCAUGUUCACCAAGACUUACCGUGUUCACCAGAUCUUCACCAGGUCCAACAGUGCUGGGGUCGUCAGGAAUAAGCUGUUGAAAGACAAGCAGCUGAUCACGGUAAUCAUGGUAUUGCUGGCGGUGGACGUGGUAAUUGUCAGUGCGUGGGUUAGCGUUGAUCCUCUUACCAGACACCUGCAUAACCUCACCCUGGAGAUGUCCACGGAAGAUCGUGGCGUUGUCUACCAACCCCAGGUGGAGGUGUGCAGAAGUGAACACACAAGCGGCUGGCUUGGUGCUCUCUAUGUCUACAAGGGUCUACUAGUGGCUGUCGGUGUCUACAUGGCUUGGGAGACCAGGCACGUGAAAAUCCCGGCACUGAACGACUCCCAGUACAUCGGGAUGAGUGUGUACAACGUAGUCAUCACGUCCAUCAUCGUCAUCGUGGCCGCUAACAUCAUCGGAGAGAGGACCACCCUUGCUUAUGUCAUCAUUACUACCCUCAUCUUCACGUCAACAACCACAACACUUUGUUUACUCUUCAUCCCUAAGAUCCUCACCAUAAUGAGACGUGCGGAGGGUGACCCCAUCGUGGAGAGUAUGGGACUUAAGAUCCAAUCUAACACCCGCAGGUUGCUGACGGAGGACAAGCGGGAGAAGUAUUACCGGGCGGAGGUGCAGAACAAGGUGUACCGGCGAGAAGCUCUCAAGCUGGACCAGGAGCUGCACAAGCUUCACCGCUGGCUGGAGGCUCCAGACAGUCCCACCUCCUCCACCAGGUCCUUAGACUUUAAAAAAAAGGGAUCCAUUUCUUCAACUGCCUCGGACAGUGACAGGGCUGGAGGUGAAAGAAACGUGGGUGAUGGUGUGGGCGGCAUUGAUGGCAUGGCAGACGAAGGCCUUCCUGAAGGCGAGGGUGGGGACAGAGAUAGUGUGUUUGGUGAGGUACUAGGAGGGACAGCACACACUCAGUACCUGCAAAGUGACGAUACCACCGUCAGGAGGGUGAAGAGGGAGAGAAUGUUCCGCUCCCUCCACAGGUCCCUGCCCUCCCUCACUCUGGGCUGCCCUGCUCGACGGCCUUCAGACACCCGCCUUCCUGCUGACGGCGCCGAAGACGAAGGAGAGACUGCAUCGUGCGGACGCUCGCAAAUAUUCUUCGACGCUCGGAAGUUUCACGAAGACCAAGAAGAAGCAAGGAGACAAGCAGAAGAGGAUGAUGAUGAAGAAGGCUCUCCCAGACUCGGAGCUUUUCCUGCCUCGCCUCAUCCUCUCCAGCGUUCCAGAUUAGUGAAGAGAAGUCCCAUUAAGCCGCGGACGGAGACGGAGGAUGAUGGAAUAGUUGACCUUCGUUAUACCCUCAACUUCUCUACCCCGCUACUUCAUGGCGUCACGGAGGCUGACCUCCCAUUUUCCAUUAGCACUCACGUGCAACACGGCCGCCGUGUCUCCUUCCUCGACCAAGACGCCCACCAUUCCUACGACUCGAGUCCCGAGAUUCGCAAGUAUUCGCUGAACACCUGCUCGCAUUCAAGUCCCGAAGUACGUAGAACUAAGAAGAACGCUUGCUCUUCAACUGACAUCCGUCUUCAGAUUGAGUGUUCAGGCGUCAUUCAGGACGAGAAACUAUCUCCUGUAGUGGAAUAUAGAGUGAAUGACCUGGAUGUAUUGUGCCCUUACGGACAGAGGUCUAAAUUACGGAACUGCGAGUUAUCUGCUCCACCUACGGUAGUUGGGGAGCAGGAGGGGGGCACCUCAGACGUAAGGAGAUUCGGCUCCAACGGUGCCAUCAAUAGAAAGCCUCUGUCUAGCAAUACCAGCCUCAACCCAAGACAAGCACACGGCAAGGCCACUAAGAGAAAUACAAACAAAACAACGAGUGAUAAUUCUACCAUAUCAAACGCUGCCAGGUCCAGCGGACACAUCUUUUCUGCAGUGAUAGUUCACCAUGUAGCGAAUGUUCAUAUGUAGGCUAUUAGGCAUCAUCUGUGGCGAAUGCUCGUGUGUAGUAUCACCUUUCGGAAAUGUUCAUAUGUUGUAGGUCUCAUACAUAGUGGGUAGUGAAUGUUCAUAUGUAGCAAAUAUCACCUGUAAUGAAUGUUCAUAUAUAGUAUGUAUCAUCUGUAGUGAAUAUUCAUAUAUAGUGUCACCUGUAGCGAAUGUUCACGUAUAGUAUCACCCAUACUGAAUGUUUACAUUAAAACUCACUUCAAGCAAGCGUAACAAAUACUUGACAGUCUACUGGUUGACUUAUGCAACACAAGAGGCUAAAAGAACAUAAAUUUACCAAAAUAGGAUGUGUUCGUGUUAUUUGCGCAUUAUCAAUAUGUGAAGUGACACAACGUGUACAGGAAGUGCUCGUCUUUCACUAAUGAAAGAAAAUUUGCGUGUUUCAUCGUCUGAGGUGAUACAGCAGACACUGGAAGAGGCAACUGAAAAGCCCAGAUAUAGUUGAAGAUACAAACAUAUUCACUCACAUACACCACGUUAAUUACCCAUCAGUGUUUGCGGGUGUUUUUAUAAAGCAAUUUCAAACUGGUAACAUUUUAUAUAGUAUUUUACAGUAAGAUUUUAAUAACUAUGAACUACGUUAUAGUGAAGUAUUUUCAUAUGAAGACGUUGGGCGCAUUCGAAGUUAAUAUAGAGUAAGAGGAUGCAACAUGUCUUAUACAGGUGUGUGUGUGUGUGUGUGUGUGUGUGUGUGUGUGUGUACGCACGUGUGCCUGCGUGUCAGACGUAUACGGUAAGAUGUCAAUGCAGACAAAUUUCUACUGGAUAUAAACAGAUAAAAAUGUAUAUCUAUUUUUUACUUAGCUGAGAGGUUAUCAGGGUCUAUUUCGCAAAUCUCUAAUGUACGUUGCUCUCUACCUACGCAUAACUCCGGAAGUUUAUUCACUCUCUUCCAGUUUAUUAAUACAAGCCAAACUCACACUACAGGGCAUCAAGAUUUCGUCAACAGCAAAGCGUUGUUUUACAAGGAGGUGCCCACUAACUUUGAUGUUUUUCUAGAUAGGAACCCACAAUAUUAUAAGAUUUGAGACUCCGCGAUCAUCCUAGCAAUUUAAGGUUAUUCUAAGUCCUUUUUUAAGAAUAUUUGAGUUUGUUUAGCGAGUGAAACGGUAACAGAAUAGUGAGGGGGAGGGAACUGUAUCGUAAAAUUUGUACAAGAUACUUAAGAGGGAGAACUGAAAUUACACCUUAGACUUAAGAAUAACUUUUUCAAUGUACCUGACUGAACGUUGUAGAUUUAUAAUAUAUUAAUAAUAAUUAUAAUACUAGUAAUAUUGUAAUAUUACAAUAUCAAGUGUUUUUGGCCUAAAUUAUUGGCAACUUUUCACUUUGAUAAAAAAAUAGUGUUGUUAGAGGCCUUAGCAUUAUCUUCCAGGGAAGCUUAAGUGGUAUAAUUAUACUGACAAAGCAAAUAACUACAAACCACUGAAUAUGAAGAGUGAAGUUUGAUCAGCUAUAUCAACAUAACUGACAAUCAAGACUUGUGUAUACAGAAGAGCUUAGAAAUCGACGCAUCUAUUAUUACAGAAAAAAAAUAUUAGCCGUAUCAUUUGUGUAUUGGGAAUUCUAAUAAGUAUGCAACAUUUGUAUAUGAUGCUUAGUUAAUCUUCAUUAAAAAAAUUAGUUAUCAAAAAUUGAUAGUGUAUAAAUACAUUUAACAGGUACUCAAAGCUGUUUGCUACAUGAUGCAAAAACUUGCAUACUUUCUAUGACAGAGUGAAGUAGGAGUCGACAGAUCUGUGUAGUGUUUACACAUCACGAUUUACUCAGUAACUCGUAUAAGCGACCAUAUUGGAGCUGCUGCAGUGAAUUAUUAUAACUUUCGAAAAAAAAAUUGAAAGAAGCUUGACUGUACCGAGGUCGUCUUGACAUGCAGAAAAGCUGAUACAAGAAAAUUCAGGCUGAUGGAGGAAAAUAUCCAUAUGAAAUGAUUGAGAGCUCCGAUAAAUUAACUUACCAGCAAUGAUUUAGAAAUAAAUCGUCAACUAAUUUUUUCGUAUUUAUCAGGGGAUUUAAAAAGGCUACAAAAAGUGUUUGUGGCUGAGAAAACUAGGAUGAACGACAAAGGCCUAGUCAAAACAAAGAUUAAUUUACGUGUCUCAUAUAGUCGACGUAUAAACGUGUUUAGUAAACAGUCUUAUACACUUUUUCUCAUUCCUGAAAAAUAUACGUAAACAUGCAUGUAACAGAUAUCUGACAGAUUCACUAACUAGUACUUGUUAUAAAUAAGUAAUUCAGGAUUCAUAUACUUCUUUGAGUUGAAUUCAUAAGCAGAAAGUUAAAGUAAAUACCGCUGCUUAAGCAGGACAGAAUUACUCUUGUACCAUAACCAACAGAAAAUAUGAGCUACCAAACGUGUCAACAUUUAUUCAGAUCUGGAUCCAAGUGAGUAUUACCAAAAUUAGCUAUGGUUUUUCAGAAAAUUACGUCCCAGGAUCAACUAAAUAAAACUUUUUCUAGGUUUUCCUAGCUUGUGAAAGGUUCGAACUUACGAACUUCGACCAAGAAACAGGGAGCCUCAGACUAUGGCUCUGGGUCCUAAGGUUCAAAGAAUUAAGAAAUAUUAGAACAAUUCAUAUAAAUUUUAGCGAGUAGCAUGAAAAAUGUCAAGCCUUUAAUGUGAACGUUUCAUAAGAUCAGGAAAAAGAAAGCAAUGCAGAAUACCAUUUGCCACCUUCCCAGCACUAAAUAAUGGUGCAGAAUUUGUGUAAGAACUUCAAAACUUGUGUUUACAGCAGCGCUGUAUAGCCCUUGUGGCUUAGCGCUUCUUUUUGAUUAUAAUAAUGUGUUUUACAAUUAUCUCAACAAAAAUCUGCUAAAGCCCUUAUUAAAGAUGUUAAUUACUCGGAAAAAUAUCUCCAAUAUGAUUGACUUUCGGUUUCAUAACAUCAAGUGAAAACACUAUAUAAAAAUAUCGAAAAAUAAAAAUCCUUUAUGAACCUAGAAAUAAGACUGAUCUCCGUACUGUAAUAAAUCCCAUACACAACCUCCUAUCAGUCGAGUGACUUACCAUUACCUCCACAUAGACCCCCAGACAUACUAAAACAGCCCACAUAACAUAAGGGGGAAUGUUUGUAGGCUGUGUUGGUUGUGCUAGAUUCAUGUAUAGAUGAGAGAAGUUUCAACUCAUCAGUGGCUACACACAAAUGGUGUUAUUUUAAUAAAAUUACUCGAGUGUAAAACUGUUCUUGUUUUUUUACAUAUCCGAUGUAAAAAUUUUACCAGACGUGAGUUUGUAAUGGUUCAGGUAGUGGUACAGUUGUACCAGUUUUAGUUAUAUGAUUAAGGACCAUUGUACAUAGGAUUUCCCUCAAGGAAGGUUCCUUGACGUUGGUGAGGGGCUCUUGAUUAGGGAAUUGGAUCUGUGCUCCAGUUCCCUGAAUUGAGCCUGA